AUGGGCCAAUCGUCCUCAAACGCGACAAAGUCGGGCCUGAAAGCUCAUACGUUGGUGGUCGCCAUGACUUCCGGAAGGCCGGCGAUCCGAGAAGAGACCAGGCUGAUGCCCAAGGACUGGGUGAAUUGCAGAGAUUCCUGGGACAACAUCCUCGCCUGUGUGACCGAUGUCCUGACCUGCAGGGAAUCCGAGGCUCUCGUUGAAGAGCUGCAAAGAGGCUGCCGGCACCCAUGGACAGCUUUCGGUGUUAUGGCUGGCUUGACUGUGUAUACGUUACCCACGACUUGGUACUUCAGUCCAUUCCUUGGGGGCAUCAUGGGCAUUGUCCUGGGAGUUCUCAUCUUGGCCAGCUGCGCAUGGUGCUUCUACAAAGAGUUCAAGGCAAGGCAUUUUAUCACAGAGAAAUGCCUUGGACUGAGAGAUAUCUAUGCGCAGGAGUUGCGGGCUGUAGUUCAGGACCCUCGGUUCCUGACGGACAGCCGUGGAGCGGAUUGGGCUUUCGAUUUCCAGGUGGUGCUGCCCGAAGAACUUGGAGUGACAACGGUAUUUGGCGUUCCAUCGGUCAAGGGGCUGGUCAACGUUGUCAUCUCGCGGCACUUGGACCUGGACGCAGUGAGCCCAGCGAAUCCCAAAGCCACGACCUUCGGCAUUCCGUCGGUGGAGGGCCGCCCAGCCCCACAAGCCUCGGCCUUCCAUCAUGCCAGCAUGAGGCACUCGCUGACGGUGGCUUUGGAUUUGCGCCGGAGGCCCAUGGCCCAGAUCCGUGAGAAGACGAAGGCCAUGCCCGCAACUUGGGCACGGUGCACGAGCUUUGGGCUGGGCACGAGCGAAGCCGUGUGGGACGAACUCCUCACGCGGGUCAACGAGGUUCUCGCUUCGAAUCAACAAGAAGUCCAGAGGUUAGAUGAACUCCAGCAUCGCAGCCGCUUGCGAGCCUAUGCCCUGGCUUUGGCUGUGGCCACCUUCUUGGCCUUCUCCUUCCUAGGUUCUCUUGCGGGUCCUCUUCUGCUGGUUGCGUACCUGGGUCUGCUGGUGGGCUGUGUUGUGGUGCAGCAGCUGCAGAACAACAUACAGACCCAGGUGACAGCAACCUGUGCUCAGUUGGGCGAGGCCUAUGCGCAGGAGCUGCGGAGGCUCGCUGAGGACCCGUCUUUUCACGAAGCACGCAUGGACUUCGAGGUGGUGGUGCCGAAGGUGGAUUUGCUGGGUUUCUUCUUUUUCACAGCGCCAAAACUCCUCGAGAUUGCCAUUCGGCUGGAGCGCGGCCAGAAUUUCGAGCCGGUGUGA